AUGAGAGGGUUAGGGGUAACAGGGGGAGAGACGGACCAAGAGCUCAAAGUCAAGGUACUGCUCACUCGAAUGGCGGAGCAGCAGUGGGACAUUGUUUGUCUUACGGAUUUGCAGUUUCCGGAGGAUGGGAUACGUGAGUACCAUUUUGGGGGACGAGAAUGGUUUCUGUUGGUGCGGGGUAUGGUGGGCUUCUUGCUGUCGGAUGUGUGGUAUGAUUGGUGGGAACAGGGCGGAGGGGUGGUGUACCAGAGGCGGACAAGGGCAGCGGCCAUUAGCAUUCCCAGACGGGGCUGGCGUAGGGGUCUCUGGAUUUGCUCGGUGUAUGCACCUACAAGCGCGUCGGGAGUUCGGGAGCGGACAGCGUUGAGACAGGAGGUGUCUGUUUUGGUGGAGGCGGCUCCUCCUACAACCAUGGUCAUCAUAGCAGGAGACUUUAACGCCGAAAUGGGCAACAACGUGGAUGUGAGUAGGUCGGGACACAGUAUCAUGGGCCCGUUCGCGGGGCCAAAGGUCACCAAGCCGGGGGCAGAAUGGCGGGAUUGGUGUGAGCGAAACGGUUUCAGGGAGGCUGGCAGUCGGUUCAAGCAGAGGCGCCGCUGUACAUGGCGGCACCCACGGUACCGCUCGGAUCAUGAACUCGACCAUUUUUUGGUUAGGGAGCAAGACUUGUGGCAUCUUCAGUCAUGUCGCAUCCUGUAUGACGGUCCGAGUGUUAAGGGCUCAUGGACGGGCUACACGGAUCAUAAUCCGGUUGAAUGCGUGCUACGGGUUGGGAAAUGGUGGAGGCCUAAGAAGGGCCGAAGGGCAUCCAAACAAAACCGGGACUUAGCAAAGCUGCGUGGAUCAGGGGGGCAGGCAAAAGAGCUUAGGGAACGCUGGCAGGGGUUGGUGGAAAGUCGUCUCAGGGAUCUGAGACAGGAAUUGGAUGGCACCGUUGAUGAGACGUAUAAGUGGGAAAGGGUGUGUGAGGUCUGUCGUGGGGUAGCCUUGGAGGUGUGCGGAGUGGUAAAAGAUGCAGGGGGGUCGCCGUGGCUGCAGCUGCAUGCCAAGGAGCUGCAGGAGCUGGACGAGGGGAUAAGGGAGGCGCAGUUAAGGGACGCAGCGGCGGGGGAACAAGAGGAUGUCGCGGUGCGGGCAAGAUUCCGGAGGCGGUUGCAUGAGGCCAGGAGAUGCAAGCGACUGAGUGUGCGCGGGUGGAAGGAGGACUGGUUGAGAGAACGGGCGCAGGAAGCCGAUGCACUGAUAGGAACGCCGGAGGCCCACGGAGUGUUUAAAAUUGUCAAACAAUUGCUGGCAGCCAUAAAGGGGGACAGACGGGGUGGGGGGCGGGUCCGGAGUUCGGGCAAGGAAGAGCUGGAAGCAUGGAAGGACCACUUCGAGGCUAUACAAGCGGGGCGGGGUCAGGUCACAGAAGCGGUGUGGGGGGACGUCGAGGAUAGGCCCGAGGAACCGGGACUGGCGGAUUUCCCCACAUGGGAAGAAAUGCUGAGGGCUAUUCGGGACAUGAAAUAUGGGAAGGCCGGAGGGGUGGACGGAAUGGUGGCAGAGUACUUCAAGUGGGCGGGUAGGGAACUGCACGAACGGCUGUUUGAGUUUCUCACGUUUUCGUGGCGCUCCGCCACACGGGCGGACGCGGGACGGGAAGCGGAAUUGUGGCCGGAGGCAUGGCGAGUCGGUAUAGUGGUACCAAUUUGGAAACGAAAGGGUAACUGGAAGGAUAAGAAUUCGUGGAGGGGCAUCACACUACUGUCUGUGGGUUCCAAAGUUUUAGCGCGCAUUUGCGCACACCGCCUAGCCAGAUGGACCCAGCCGUGGUUAAAUGCACUGCAGUUCGGGUUUAGACCUGGAAGCGGGGUAGACGAUAUACAGCAAAUAACAAGGGGGGUCCUGGAAGAAGCUGCGCACUCCGCGCACGAUCGCGUUUACCUUUUCCGCUUUUAUGAUCUAGAAAAAGCCUACCCUAAAGUGGCACGAGGUGCCUUAUGGAAGGCGCUGGAGAAGAAGGGCUGUCCAAUGUCUUUUUUGCGAGUAUUACGGGGGAUCCAUGAAGAUCCAAAGUGCAAAGUCAGACAUCAGGGGCGUCUGUCAUCUACUUUUGUGCCUGAGCGGGGACUCAGAGAAGGGUGUCCCUCUUCACCCAUACUGUUCAAUGUCUAUCACCACUGCGUCAUGGAAGUGUUUAGGGCCAGACGGUCCCGAAGGGCAGAGCAGGAGGGACAGACGCCUGGGUUGAACUGGGUUUUCAAGGUGGACGGGAAGGUGGGCAAAAGGCGGCUGGACAGGAUCGAAGAGGGCAGAAAUAUCAAACGGGUCUGUCUGGGAGAUUUCGCGUAUGCAGAUGACACGGGCAUCAUGGGGGAAGCGGCCGAGGUAAGAGGGGCGGAAAACGUACUUGUUCAGACAAUACGGGAUUUUGAGGGCAAAGUCAACCAGGAGAAAACAGAGGGUCUUCGAGUAAUGAGGGAGGCGCGACCGGGCACGGACGUACCUUGGCUAGGGGAGGCGGGGACGGUAAAGCACGUGGGGGCCAUGUUGGCGGAACGGGCAGGGCAUGCGGCGGAAACACACAAGCGGGCGCAAAAGGCGGCGGGGAAAGUGUCUGAGGUGUCCGGGGCUUGGCUCCGAGGGCGCACAAAACAUUACGCCCGCACUGACAUCAGCGUGUCUACGCCCAUCAAAGUACUGAAGGCCAUCAUUAAGGGUACCCUCAUGAGCUUUGCGCGCACGCGCGCGUGGCAGACCAACCAGAUCAAGCGCAUGCAAGGGGUCAUACACAUAGCCAUCCGGAGGUGUUUAGGCUAUCGCCUUCGGGAUCUGCGAAAAGCAGGUAUCACUAAUGAAGUGUUGCGAAACCUGGCGCAGUGGGAAAAAUUUGAUACGGCAGUCCGGAGGGCCAGCCUCCUGUGGCUCGGACACGUGGCGCGUAUGCCGGUUGAGGCUCCACAAAAACAGGUCCUGUUCGGCUGGAUAGAUGGGCAUGGCGCUAAGAUGAGGUGCCCUUUUAAGCAGGCGCAGUGGCUUAACUCAUGUUUGAGACACGCAGGGAUCCCGGAAAUGGACUGGUUCCGCAAAGCUCAAAAUCGCAGUAAGUGGCGGGAGGAGGUGUGUAGAGCUUUUCCGGUGGAGGUAGUGUUGCAGGGGCGGGAAAGGGAAUUGGACAAGUGGCGUUUGGGGAGGCCGGUGCCUGAGUGGGCAACGGUGCAGGGCGAACCAGAACCAGAACGGGAGCAUGAGUGUAGUGAAGAUGAGUUGGGGAUCAGACUUAAGGGUCAUGCGCCGGGACACGAGACGCAGAUGUACAAGAGUCAAAAACGCCGGAGGCGACUGCGGACGGACCGCCGAGCUGGUCGGGGUCAGGGCAAGCCUACAUGUCCUGUGUGUCAAAAGCAGUUUGGAAAAUUCAACCAACUGUCCUUUCACUACGAAGCCGAGCAUGCCAUAUGUGAUCCGACGCUCACCACUGUGCAAAGCUUCACGUGCCAAACCUGCCAAGAAACGUUUCGGCGGGCAGGGCAGUUGAAGGGUCACGUCUGUCCAGCUGUGGGAGUUCUAGAGCGCAUGCGGACCGUGGAUACGGUGGAAGAUUUUGUGGGGUGGGAGGACGCGGUCGCGCAGCCUCCAUUGCCGCAGGAGUUGCAUGUGUACACUGAUGGGUCCAGGGGGUCCGAGGGAGGGACGUCGGCGGGAUGGGGGGUAGCAGUGUUCGGAAGCCAACAGGGACAGGUGCAAACGGAUAUGUGGAGGGAAGCUGACCCGUGGUUGGCAGCCCUGUACGGUCCGGUGCUGACGCAAGUGUAUGAUAAGUUGUGGCUGGGAGCAACCGAGCACACGAACAAUACAGGUGAGCUAUCUGCCAUUGGUGAAGCGUGCAGAUACCUGAUGGACCUCCAUGAGCGGAUGCCCCCAGAGUGGUCCAGAACUGUGUACUUGUACUAUGAUUCGGAGUACGCGUAUGGGGUGGCGACCAGACUCACGCGGGCUCAGGCCAAUCAGGUCCUCGCAGAGACAGUGGCAGGAUUGGUAAGUGCGGUGCGACGCCUCUUUGUGCUGCAUUUUAAACAUGUAAAAGGGCACAGUGCCAAUCGGGGGAACGAGAUAGCGGAUGCACUGGCGCGGCGCGGGGCCAUGGGUCGCGGACUAUGGGCUGCGGAUGAUGUGUUUCUGCGCGGCAGCUUUUGGUGGUUCAAACAGCAGUGCCUCCUGACUUUGGCAAUGGCCCCGCGCGAUGGGGACCGGAAACGCAAGCUGGAAGACCUACAAGACCGAGUGGGCGAGCUCGCAGCAAGGCAGGAGGAGCACGGGCAGAGGCUGGACAGACUGGACCUGGCGCUGGAACGGGAGGUGGCGUACCGCCAUCUACGGGUGGAAGGGUCAAAAGGGCUGGAGGCCCUGUUCAAGCAGGUGGAGGAUGGGGGCAUGGACCGAGGGCAAAUCCGGGCCAGGGCGGCGAGAGUUCUUGUGGAGGAGGUCCGAGAAGCGGUCGAAAGUCCGGCAGAUGAGGCCCACCUUCAGGAGACCGCACAAAGCCUUUCCAACCGCAAGAGAGCAUGCCCGACGGUGGAGGCACGGAUGGCGGCGGCCAGGGCUUUCGGGACAGUCGAAAGCCAGGGCUUGGUGGAAUGGGUACAACCAGGAAACAGGGGCAGUUUUUCGGUGCGGCUGGCGGCGGGAGAGCCGUCCAGGGUGGCUUUCGAGGGGGUGCGUAAAGAGCUUAACUGGGUCCUCUUCGUGUUGGCACGGGCAAAAGUUGGGCCGGGGACGCAAAUAUACCCCGACAGGGGCCCGGCAACGCGGCGCAUGGAAAGGGGUCGGGGCAAAGGCCAUGGCAGAGGCAAGGGGGCAGGCGGGUCGGAGGGGCAACGCGGCGGGGGCAAAGGCGGGGCCAGAGGUGGUCGAGAGCGUGCGGGACGCGACUGA